AUGUCCGGGUCAAAGUCUCGACCACAGAAAGGGUCGUCCGUCGAGACUUCGCCGAUGACUUUGUCGUCGCCGCAAAUACCGAUGGCGGGGUCUGUCCAACACCAAGAAAAACUCCGAGUCUGUCAAAAAGUCAUCGAACAGUUAUGCGAGGAUUGGCCGGAGUUGAACGAGGACGGCGAGAGGAAAGCGAAAGUGCACGAUUUAAUAUUGAGGUUACCGAGACAGUACGGGUUAGACGCGCACCAUUUGGAGGAUAUCGAGACGCACGUUCGGUUGUUGGAACGAGCGUCGACGAAAGAUGCGCCAGUCGUGCACGUCAGAGAGGUUUUAGUUGGCGGGGAGGAAGAAGAGGAAGAGGGCUCGGAAGGAGAGAGCGAUACAGACAUCGGAGGGAAGGAGGAGGAGGAGGACGCAAAUAGAGAGGACGUGAGCAUGUCGUCCGCGAACGAAGAGAGCGGACAGUCGGCGAGAUAUAAGUCGCAAGCGAAAGCGAUAUUGCAGCAAAAUCAUCAACAACAACAGUUGCAGCAAACGAGAGGUUUGCGAAGGCCGAUAUUCGGGUCUUCGUUGACGCUGAGUUCGUUUCAACCCGGGUCACCCAGCAGUCGAGGUGGAAGUAUGAGUGGGAGAAGCAUAGAUAAUAACACUAACAAUAGAAAUAGCGUAGAAGGGACGUAUGAGAUUGCGGUGUGCGGAGGGAACAAGCCGAGGACGUUGUCGAGGAUAUCGACGACUUUGUUUGACGUCGGGUUGAAUAUUGCCGAAGCGCACGUGUUUUGCACGUCGGAUGGGUUUGUUUUGGACGUGUUUGUCGCGCAAGGGUGGCGUGAGAACGAUGCGAAAGGGUUGGAGGCGAUGUUGCAAAGCACGUUUGAUCAGUUUAAUUGGGGCGAUGCGGUUUCGUCGAGAAAACUACAACAACAAAAAAAAAGCGGAGGCGCGGUGGAUUCUGCACCGGCGCAUCCGAAAAGAAAAUCAGAAGAUGUGAGUCAGAAGAAGAAUAACGGUAGAGAUAGACGCGCUUUAAUCGACGAUAGAAGCGUUUCGCCCAUGCCUUCCGAGUGGGAAAUUGAUGAAAAGUUGUUGACUUAUAGCGAGAAGAUUGCGCAAGGCGCGUUUGGCGUUUUGUAUCUCGGACAGUAUUGCGGUCAAGAAGUCGCGGUGAAAGUUCUAAAGACGCCGAAAAACGAAAGUCACGACGAUUUGAAGAGAGAGUUUCAGCAAGAGUUGUCGACGUUGAGGAAAGUGCACCAUAAAAACGUCAUUCAACUCAUCGGCGCUAUAACGAAAGGACCAAUGUUGUGUCUCGUAACGGAGUUUAUGCACGGCGGUUCGAUGUUGAGUUUCUUGCACAAAAAUGCGCCUUUGAAGUUGUCGCAAAUCGUCAAGUACUCCACCGGCGUCACCUUAGGUCUCGAUUAUCUCCACAAGAUCAACAUCGUUCACAGAGACGUGAAAACGGCAAAUCUGUUGAUGGAUGAAAACGACGUGGUGAAAAUUGCCGAUUUUGGCGUCGCGAGGGUCAUGGCGAAAGACGGAGUGAUGACGGCUGAAACUGGGACCUAUCGAUGGAUGGCACCGGAAGUUAUAGCGCACCAAGUGUAUAAUCACAAGUGCGAUGUCUAUUCGUUUGCGAUCACGCUCUGGGAACUCGUCACCGGUGGCGAUAUACCGUAUUCUGGAUACACUCCUCUCCAAGCCGCCGUUGGCGUCGUCCAAAGAGGCAUGCGUCCAACCAUCCCGCAAAGUUGUCACCCGGUCCUCGCGCAUACCAUCCAAUAUUCCUGGCAAGCUGAUAUGAACACCCGACCGGAAUUCGAGCAAAUCGUGGAAAUGUUGAGAGACAUUAACGUCACCGACGACGGGAAAAAAGAUGAAAACAACGGUUUGAUGUCUCGAUUCCGCUCGAUGGGGUUCGCCGGAAGUAAAAAGAAGCAAAAUAAAGAGUUGAAACAAUAA